UUGAACUCAGACUCUAUGGAGUUGCAGCUCACUCUUAUGUUCUUUCUGAUGUCACCACUUUUAACUGCAGUGUGGUCCCUGGCCUGCUGUUGUUGUCCAGCAGACUGCAGACCCACCAGAGAUGUGGACGAAAGGGAAUGUUUUGCUUGCAUUUAUGCCAAAAUCAUCUGCCAUUCUGUGGAAGAGGAAAGAAUUGCAUGUGGUUGCGGAGAAGAAGUGCACCUGUGCAAGAGGAGUCUUACGCCAUGUAAAGAGUGUGCGGACUGUCCGUUGUGGUUCGAUGGGAGGUCUCCGAAAAAGUGCAAGUGUUGUGUGCUGCAUUUGUGCUGCGUUUCUAGAAUUAUAGAACUGCGCUGCAACAUAUCUCUGGACUUGAAGAAAUGUCUUAGCCGAUAUGGAAAAGUCCAGCCAUGCACCUUGGAAUGUGUCAGGGAAGAGCAUUGUCUGUCUUCAGAAAUUGGUGACCAUGUUGAUACUAAGGCAUGCCUCCCUUGGUGUAUCUGUGCACAGAAGCAGAAGCCUGAGUUGGGUCCCAUCUGCAUGGAUCGGCUCUGCUGUGAGACGAAGCAGAAGCCUGAGUUGGGUCCCAUCUGCAUGGAUCGGUUCUGCGGUGAGACGGUCCCGCCAAACAGAGACAUGGGAACUGGACAGAAAGUACAGGCCUUACUGGCACCUUUGGCAAUCGUCCUUCUCCUCUCUUAAUUUUUCCUUUCCCCCUUAUUUCUUUCCCUGUCUUUCUCUGAUCUCUCCAUAUGUCCAUGGACCAUCAUUUUCUCAAUUUUUGUUAUGGUUUUUUUUUUUUUUUUUUGGGACUACAUUCUUUUCCAUUCCUGAAUCUUCUCUCAUAUGGUUAUACUCAAGUGUUGUGCGCAUAGUUAUGCUUUGUAGUUUUUGGUAACAAUGCACCUUGGGUCACACUAUUGCAUGACAUAUAUACACUAUAGCUAGCUAGCUAACUAGAGCAAUAUAGCAUAUCACGGCGUAACUGAACACUAGUAUGUGAUAUACGAAAAAAAAAAUAUAUCAUGCCAUGUGUUAAACAUUUCUGCAGAUAUUCCCAUCAGAUAAAUCACCAAGACUAUAGUCGGCAUUACCUUCUUGGGUGUCACAGGAAGUAUCACAAAACUGUUCAAAUAGGAUGAGAUCUACAAUUUGAUUUUUAUCUGAAAAUAUAAUACAUAAAAUUAAAUACUUUACAUCUACA